UAAUCCCUACCCUUCACUAGUCUUCGAGAUCAAGCCUAAUUCUCCAAGUCCAAGCUCCUGGCCGCCGCCCUCCAGCAACGAGGAGCGCCGGCUGCCGGCUCCCCAACGCUCCAGCAACCAGUGCCAGAUCAGGUCCUCUGCCGGCGAGUGGCGGUUGCCACUCGAAUGCUCAAUCCCCUCAUAUGUAUUUUCUCCACAGAAAGGCUGAAUUUGGUUUCCUCUCUUAUCUGUCUCAAAAAAACGCAGAAAAAAUUUAUCAAUAAAAAACCAGAUAGGGAGAUCAAUUAACCGGAAUUUUAUGGGCAAUUAUGUGGAAUUUUGUGGGAAAGAAGAGGGUUUCUGGGGUCCUGCAAUAAUGAUGGAUGGUGAAAAUGAGGCCCUUGCUGUCACUCCUCGAAAGCUGGGCGAAUCCUUUGUUCGAUGUUAUGCUAAGCCAUUGUCAAGUAAUCAAAUUAGGAACGAUCAUAGAUAUUUAUACUGCCAACAAUAUCAUAUGUGGGUAUACAAAACGCAAAGACUUAGUUGUUGCUCGCAAGUUGUUCGACGAAAUGCCCCACAAAGAUACCGUGUCUUGGAACUCAAUGAUCAGUGGAUAUGUAAAUUGUGGGAAUUUCGAGACUGCUUGGGAGUUUUUUAAAGCCAUGCAAAGACGUGGGUUUAAGGUUGAUGUGUAUACUUUUGGAAGCAUACUAAAGGGCAUUGCUUGUGUUGAACGGCUUGAUCUUGGGCAACGGGUACACUCGAUUAUUGUUAAAAUGGGGCAUGAGGGAAAUAUUUAUGCAGGAAGUGCUCUUUUGGACAUGUAUGCGAAGUGCAAGAGAGUUGAGGAUGCAUUUAUGGUGUUUCAGUGCAUGCCAGAGCAUAACUCUGUCUCGUGGAAUGCUUUAAUUGCUGGGUAUUCACAGCUGGGUGAUCGUGAGACUGCGUUUUGGCUUUUAGAUAGUAUGGAACUGGAGGGAAUGAGGCUUGAUAAUGGUACGUUUGCUCCUCUGAUGACAUUGCUCGAUGAUGCUGAAUUUUAUACAACAACAAUGCGGAUCCAUGCCAAAAUUGUAAAACAUGGGCUGUUAUCUGAUACCACUGCCUGCAAUGCCACUGUCACGUCAUAUUCAGAAUGUGGGUCUCUAGAAGAUGCCGAAAGAGUAUUUUAUAGCAUGGACUGUGCUCCAGAUCUGGUGACAUGGAAUUCUAUGCUAGCAGCUUACCUACUGCAUAAUCAGGAAGUUCUUGCAUUUAAACUCUUCCUUGAAAUGGAACAGCUUGGGUUUGAACCAGACAUCUACACAUACACAAGUGUGAUAAGCGCUUGUUUUGAUAAUGCACAUCAAAAGCAAGGAAAAUCCUUGCAUGGGUUGGUAUUAAAAAGGGGACUGGAGAACUUGGUAGAAAUUUCUAAUGCACUGAUAACCAUGUAUCUCAAGGCUAAUGGAAGAUCCAUGGAAGAUGCAAUUACUAUAUUUGAAUCAAUGCAGUUGAAGGACUACGUCUCUUGGAAUUCCAUUCUAACAGGGCUCUCACAAGGUGGAUUGAGUGAGAAUGUCCUUAAGUUAUUUGUGAAUAUGCAAACUUUGCAGCAGGGGAUUGAUCACUAUGCCUUCUCUGCUGUUCUUCGAUCUUGCUCAGAUUUGGCAACCCUCCAACUGGGUCAACAAGUUCACGUCUUGGUACUUAAAUCAGGCUUUGAGGCAAAUGAAUUUGUAGCUAGUUCGUUGAUUUUUAUGUAUUCAAAGUGUGGAAUCAUUGAAGAUGCUAGGAAAUCUUUUGAGGCAGCAAACAAGGAUAGCACAGUUACUUGGAACUCAUUAAUUUUUGGGUAUGCACAACAUGGACAAGGUAAAGUUGCACUUGACCUUUUCUACUUAAUGAGAGAGAGAAAGGUGAGGCUGGAUCAUAUAACCUUUGUUGCAAUUUUAACUGCUUGUAGCCACAGUGGUUUGAUUGAAGAAGGUCGCAAAUUUUUAAAAUCUAUGGAGUCUGAUUAUGGAAUUCCUCUGCACAUGGAGCAUUAUGCUUGUGGGAUUGAUCUUUAUGGGCGUGCUGGACAUCUAGAUGAGGCAAAGGCCUUGAUUGAGUUAAUGCCAUUUGAGCCUGAUGCAAUGGUGUGGAAAACUCUAAUGGCUGCAUGCAGGAGUUGUGGUGAUAUUGAAUUGGCUUGUAAGGUAGCGAGCCAUUUGCUAGAGCUAGAACCCAAGGAGCACAGUACAUAUGUUAUUCUCUCUAGCAUUUAUAGCCAUUUUAGAAUGUGGGAUGACAAAGCUAGCGUAACAAGGCUGAUGAGGGAGACGGGAGUGAGAAAAGUCCCUGGUUGGAGUUGGAUAGAAGUUAAGAAUAAGGUGCAUGCAUUCAAUGCUGAAGAUCGAUCCCACCCUCAUUGCAAAGAGAUAUAUUGGAGAUUGGAAGAAUUGAUGGAGGAAGUCAAGAGGAUGGAUGAUUUGGACCAUAUGGAUGGAUACUGAUACUGCGAAUUAAGAUGCUGAUGCCUUCUUUAAUCAUAAUGCUAAAUAUUGUUGGCUGAUAAGCAUAGAUAGCAGGUAUUUUUUCCUUGGAAACAGGGGAUUGUGUUUUAUCAUGCAAAAAUACAAAUUUAUUCAAGUUGAAAAGAAUUUGUUGAUGGAGUAUGUACUAAAAAUUUUGUUUUAAAUGCUUAGAAAAAAUUUUAAUAGCAAUAUGAGGAAUUGAGUUAUUAUCAUG